AUGAGUACAAAACACCUUACAGUCAACAAUUUCAAAGUUUGCAAUUAUACUUGUUCAACUCAAAUGAAAUAUUUUGUAGAUCUUGAAAGAGAGGUUACAGGGAAGAGAACUUUAAAAGAGUUUUCAUGGGCUUCUGUUAAAUCGUAUAGAUCAAUUUUCAGUAAUCAAUCCAAUAUUUCUCUUUCAAGUGAUGAACAUUCUUCGGAAUUUCAGCCAAACCAAAGUAAGUUUUUCCCCAUACAAAGGUCACAUGCUGCAAAAAGUACUCCUCCAAACUCCCGAUCCACUGACAAAUCAUAUGUUAAUUCUGAAGAUCUUUCUAGAGAAUUUCUUUCAACAUUCCGAGAACAAUUUCGACAUGUUUCAGAUUACCAACAACCAAUAUUGACUUCAUUUGUACCGAUCCACAUCUCAUCUCCUUCAGUCGAUUCUUCAACAUCGUCUUUAAUUAUAAGACCCAAAAAACCUAUUUCUCAGGCACGAUCGUUUUUCCAUAAAGUUCGGGGCAUCCACUCUACAACGAAAGGAGUCCUAAAUCUGAAAAGUGAUACAUUAAUUUUAGAAUUAAAAAAAGUUAAAUAA